GGUUUUCAAGGAUGCGAGUGGCGGUGGUCAGCCUUGGUCUGCUGCUGACUGUCUCGCUUGUCACCGUCAUUGCUGUCGUCUCAGCCCAUGACGCGGCGGCGGCAGCGGGUGGCGCGAGUCCGGCAUCGUCGCGCAUUCGCCAGGCGGAGAGCAAGUUGGGCAUGGUGGCGGCGGAUCAGCCAACGUGCUCGCAGAUGGGCGCGGCUGUGCUCGACGAUGGCGGGAGCGCGGCCGACGCCGCGGUGACGACCGCGCUCUGCCUCGGCGCCAUCAACGCCUUUGCCUCGGGCAUUGGCGGCGGCGGCUUUGCCACGGUCCGUACCGCCAACGGAAGCGCCGAGGUCUUUGACUUUCGCGAGACCGCGCCUGCCAAGGCCUUCCGCGACAUGUUUGACUCGUCGGCGGAAAAGGCGCAGGUCGGCGGGCUCGCCGUGGCGGUACCAGGCGAGCUGCGCGGGCUGGAGCUGAUGUGGCAGCGGCACGGGCGGCUGCCGUGGGCGCGGCUCAUCGAGCCGGUCGUCGCGCUCUGCAACGAUGGCUUUGAGGUCACCGACGAGCUCGCCAAGAUUGUCGAGUACACCCAAGAGUACAUUAAGGCGUCGCCGGCGUUUGCCGCCGUGUACAUGAUCGACGGCCAGCUGGUCAAAGCCGGACAGACGAUUCGGAGACCAAAGCUGGCGGCGACGCUCGAGGCUGUGGCGGCCGGUGGUGCCAACGCAUUCUACACCGGCGCCAUUGCACACGCGCUCAUCGAUGCCAUCCAGGGCAGCGGCGGCAUCAUGGAGCUCGGCGAUCUGGCCAACUACACGGCAGUCAUCCGCGAGCCAGUCUCAACCUACUUUCUGGGCAUGAAGGUGCUCUCGGCGCCGCCGCCGAGCUCGGGCGCGAUCCUCAACUUUAUGCUCAACGUGCUCGAGGAGUACAACCUGCCCAAGAUCGGGGCGAUGACGCACGACGUGGUGCACAAGGUGGUGGAGGCCAUGAAGUUUGCUUUUGCGCUGCGGACCCACCUCGGCGACCCAUGCUGCACCGACAUCGAGCAAGUCAUGGCAGACCUGACGUCCAAAGACUACGCAGCAUGGGUGCGGACCCGGAUCGUGCCCGACGCCACCUUUAACGCCUCGUACUACGGCGCUGCGUUUGACAUGGAGCCGACACCGGGCACAACCCACUUUUCGGUUGUUGACUCGGAGCGCAACGCCGUGGCGCUCACGUCGACGGUCAACCUCUUCUUUGGCUCCAAGGUCAUGGAUCCGGUGACUGGCGUGGUGCUCAACAACGAGAUGGACGACUUUUCCGUUCCCAACGUGACCAACGCCUUUGGCGUCAAGCCCUCGCCGGCCAAUUACAUCGUGCCGGGCAAGCGGCCGCUGUCGUCGACGACGCCGACCAUCGUGACGGCCAACGACCAGGUCCUCGCUGUGGCCGGCGCGUCGGGCGGGACCAAGAUCACCACCUCGACCCUGCUCACUCUCCUCAAGAUGUUUGCAUGGGGCAUGGAGGCUGGCGAAGCCGUUGCCUCGCCACGCUUCCACGACCAGCUCUACCCGAAUGUGCUGCAGGUGGAGUACGGCUUUGCUCAGAGCCUCGUCACCUACCUCCGCGAGUCCAUUGGCUACGAGCUCGACGAGCUCGGGCCUGACGGCCACAUCGCCAUUGUCCAGGCCAUCUACAACGACAUCGACAAGGGCAUCCUCUACGGCGCCUCUGACUGGCGCAAGGGUGGCGCUCCCGCCGGCCAGGUCCGCACCGGCCGCUGAGCGCAACAGCCUGCCGAGGCUUGCGCCACU